AUGAAGCAAGUUGCUAUUAACAAAUUUUUCAAAAGACAAUUAGAUGUUGGAGACAAAAAUGGGGAGAGGCCAAAGAUUACAUCUUAUAAUCCUAAUCAAGGUGAUGAAAUAAGGAGGGCAUAUUUGAUUAAAGGACCUUGUCAACCUGUAACACUUGAAUUUUGGCCUUGCACCACAAAUCGACCCGCCGUUGCUCCCGCCGUCGAAGAAUACAAGAACAACAAGUCCGACGCUUCGGGUUUGCGCACCUCCCUCUACUCCGAUUCGUUUUCUGUUAACAUCGCCGUUGCCGCCCGUCUAUGUGGUUGUUCUUAUCGUGGUUACGCCAACCAUCGUCCUCCUCCAAAGGGGAGGGUGCAGCAGCAUGAUGUGUACAAUAUAUUAGUUGAUGAGUCUAGUGAUGUUUCCAAAAAACAAAUGGCUAUAGUUUUGAGAUAUGUUGAUAAACGUGGGAUUGUAAAUGAAAGAUUUGUUGGAGUUGUUUACGUGUUGGAUACAUCUUCUUUGACUCUUAAAGCCACCAUCGAUAUUGUAUUUUCCAACAACAAUUUGAGUAUAGUUCAUGUGAGGGGGCAAUGUUAUGAUGGAGUAAGUAAUAUGAGUGGUGCAUUCAACGGUUUAAAAUCUUUGAUUUUAAAUGAAAACAUUUCCGCAUAUUAUAUACAUUGUUUUGCACACCAACUUCAAUUAGGGGUUAUGACGGUUACAAAGAAACAUGAUGAUGUUGAAGAAUUCUUUGAAAAAUUAGCUAUGGUGGUUACUAUCAUUUGUGGGUCUUGUAAGAGAAAAUAUAUGACACGAGAGAUGCAAAAAGAAAGAGUGACAACUGAAAUUGAAAUUGUUGCGUUCCCUAAAUAUAUCAAAGAGGAUGUUUCUACUUUAUCUAACCGUAAGCAAGCAAAGGAUACUUUGUCAAAGCAUCUUCCAAAAGAAGAUCAAGAUAUUUUGGAAGCAACUUCGUUAGUAAAAGGGACAAAGGAAGCAUUGCUAGUUUUUAUAAAAGAGGAGUUUCCACAAAUUUGGAAGAGUGUAUGUGUUUUUUUUAUGAAAAAGCAUAGUAUUGAAAUUGUGGAUAUGUCGGAAGAUUAUGUUACCCCACGAAAGCAUAUGACAAAUAAGACUAAUCAACGUCAUUUUGAAGUUGUGAUUUUUAACACGAUUUUGAAUAUGCAAAUUCAAAAAUUUGGGGAUAGAUUUAGUGAAGUUGGGAGGAAGUUGAUAGAGAACAUGGUGGCUUUAAGUCCCUUUGACUCAUUUUCUAGUUUUUGUAAAGCAAAGUUGUUCAAGUUAAGCGAGAUAUACAAAAACGAUUUUGACAAUUUCAGAAAGGGCGCAACUUAA